AGUUUUCGUAUCAAAUUAACCUAACAAAAUCCCCAUUUUUCUCCACAACGGAAGAGAGCGGAGGCAAAAUUGCUCCAACUGAAAAUCUCUGAUCGAUUCAAUGGCUGCGCCGAAAAGCUACUUCCCCAGAGCCAACUACAGAUUUCUCCCCACUGAUCGGGAAACCACUAACAACUCGAUGAUCUUCGAGCUCGACGAAUCGGACGUCUGGAACUCCGACGGCCGCUCGCUCUCGCCGGAUUGCCGCAAGCAGAGUUCCAGAAUUUCCAGGAAGCCGGCGGCGAGGGGAUCGUUGACCGGACCUGCUUCCCUGCCGGUCAACAUUCCGGACUGGUCGAAGAUCCUGAAGGACGAGUACAGAGACAAUCGCCGGAGAGACAGCGACGACGACGACUUCGACUUCGAAGAGGACGAGGCGGCGGAGAACGGUGGCCGCGUUCCGCCGCAUGAGUUUCUGGCGAGGACUAGGAUCGCCUCGUCGGUGCAGGAAGGGAUCGGGAGGACGCUCAAGGGCAGGGAUCUGAACAGGGUUAGAAACGCGAUUUGGCUGAAAGUCGGGUUUCAGGAUUGAUCGAUUCAACCUCAAUUCUAUUUUUGAUUAAUUAAUAACUGCAAUUUUUGGUUUCGUUUUUUGUUUUUUCUUCUUUUAAAUUGGGGGAAUGCUUUUCUUAUUAUAUGAAAAGCCGUAUUUAACCAUGAGCGAUUGGUAAUCAAAACUUUGUGUUUGAUUUCCACUUUUCUGAGAGUAUAUGUAUACAUAUCGGAUUCAUCAAAUUUUAAUUUCUCUUUGCCAUUUUCA